GAUUUGGCAAUUUUACCAAAAUAUUCAGAUAACGUAGUACAUAUUUAAACCAUUUAAACAUUUCCUCCUUUCGUCUAUCUGUGAUACAGAACAGCUCCCACCCACUUGACGUUAUAGACCGAGUGAUUCAGAUCUAUUGGCUCUGGGUUGUGGAAAAAUCUGCCUGGAGGUCAGUUGUGGUCAUACCACAAGCAGCCAUCCUUUCUUCAUUCUGCCUAACUUCAGUCUGCUUUUUCAAGUGGUCACAGUCUCCUUACUUUCAGCUGCAUUUCACUAAGGGUCUGCUCAGAGUCUGAUGCAAAGUAUGAGGAGCUCUGAACGCUCUGUGCAGGCAGGAGUGUGUCUGUGAAAUCUGGCUCCUAUUGGGUCCAAGCAGAAAGUAAAGGAGGUGGCUGUGAUUCGCCACUGGGAAAUACUGAGAGAGAGCCUGGAGGAGUCCAUUGCUGCCACUUGGUAAUCCUGUAUGAACACCUUCCCACCUGCUGGAAGAGCAGCAAAUUGUUACAGCCCAGAAACUGCUUAAGAAGUGAGAGAACUUCUGAGUUCUGCUGUGUCCCUGAACAUCUUUCCUGAAACUGGAGGAGGUUUUUCCCUGCCCUCCCAUUUCCUGUACACAACAAUCAGACUUUAGUAAUUGCAACUUUUCUUUUUCUUUUCUGAUUUACAAGCCCACAUGAGGUCUUUUGGAUUCACUAUGCAUGAACCUGUGUGUAUCUGGAGAUGAAUAAUAUUCCAUCUUACUUUCUUUUUUCCCUUGCACUGAACAGUUUUGUUUUUUAACAGAAAUGCCUCAACAUUCCUUUCAAYAACUCUCAGAAAUAUGUUCCUUUAAGAACCUCCUACAUGAUCACGUGAGAGCCCCAGCAGGAUGACCAGUGGCCACACAGACUGUCAUUUCUGCCUGCAGUCUCUCCGUGGAAGGAAAUAUGCGCUAAGAGGAGAAAACGCUUACUGUGUGCCAUGUUAYGACAGCCUGUACGCCAACCCCUGCGAGGAGUGCAAGCAACCCAUCGAGUGCAGCUCCAAGGAUCUGGCCUACAAAGGCCGCCACUGGCAUGAGGGGUGCUUCAGGUGUGCCAAGUGCAGUCGCUCACUUGUGGAGAAGCCAUUCGCUGCCAAGGACGAGGUGCUGCUGUGCACUGAAUGCUACUCUGAUGAGUAUUCAUCCAAGUGUUUUCACUGCCAGAAGACAAUUAUGCCYGGUUCACGUAAAAUGGAAUUUAAGGGAAGCUCCUGGCACGAAUCCUGUUUUGUUUGCCAGUAUUGUCGUCAACCAUUGGGAACAAAACCAUUAAUCACCAAAGACAAUGAGAAUUACUGUGUGCCCUGUUUUGAGAAGCAAUUUGCUCACCAUUGCUAYGCUUGCAAAAAGGYAAUUACUUCUGGAGGAGUGACCUACCAUGACCAGCCUUGGCACAAACAAUGCUUUGUGUGUGCUGGGUGUAAAACCCAGCUGUCUGGACAAAGAUUCCUUUCCCAAGAUGAGUACCCGUACUGUGUAGACUGCUACAGCAAAUUUUACGCUAAGAAGUGUGCUGCUUGCAUGAAACCUAUAACAGCUCUCGGAGGUGCCAAAUACAUCUCAUUUGAGGAGCGCCAGUGGCAUGGGGAAUGCUUUAACUGUGCCAAGUGCUCUGUCUCCCUGGUGGGCCAGGAAUUCCUCACUCAGCAGGAUGACAUCCUUUGCUACAAAUGUGGCUCUGCUUCAUAGUUCUGUGGAAAGCUGUGCAACUGCAUUAUUCUCACUGUGUAACCAUGUAGUUCAUUGCUCUGCUGUAAGAAAACCACAUAAAAGGUAUUAUUACAGUUAUUUAGCCAUUCAAGUAGCUUUCCAUCAUCAGUUUAAUUCUGUCAGUUCUCGAUUGCUUAUAAACAAAAAUUAAACAACCAACCCAUACUGGUUAAGAAAAUUAUGCAGAAAAGAUUUGUAGAUAUUUUAAAUCUAACUCCAGUAUGUUUUCCUUGUGACACACUGCACUCUGCUGUUAGAAGCUUAAAAAUUUAUCUUUUACCACCUCUGAACCAAAGAGGAUUGUGCAAAUCUGUUUGCCAUAUUAAUAAUGAUGAGGCAUUAGCAUUGAUUCACAGAUGCACAUCUUGGCAUGGAACGUUGGGCACCUGCAUUUUUCUUUUGGAUCAUAACACUGAAGAGAACAUCUUGUAAAAUAUUACAUUCUUCCAUACUUCAGGCAAAAAAAAGAUGCUGACAAAGCAGGUAGAAAUUGUGAGUGGGAGAUGCUUUYACACUGAGGACCAGAGAGAGGCCCAUUCCAAGGGCCAGAUAGAGAAAGGAGGUCAUUUUCCUYCCCUUACUGUGAUUGCUAUCCAAAGAAGUAAUCCAAAACACCAUGGCACAGGUCCUUUCUAAAAAUUGGGUAACUGUACUUAAUUUUUUUAGGCAUAGUUGCUCUGUAACAUAAAUAAAUCUAUAUUUUUAACUGCUGCAAGAGCUGAGGAUUGCCCAAGAUUAGUGCUGAUGUACAUUUUCCCAUAACUAAUAUGCCUUGAGGCUCUGUUUCCAUUGUCUUUGCUACACCCUCAAAUACAGGUGUAACAUACAUAUUUUUAUUAACUGCCACAAGAUCCAACUCACACUGGUGCCUUUAACCUGGUGCUUUCCUCCCUUGAAGACUGCUCUGCCAGCAAUCAAAACCCUGUUAAGGGCCUUUCCUUUUCAGCCCUGCUUGGUCUGCGACUCCCAGUCCAUCCCUCUGCUCAUGGACAGCAGGCUCCAGGACCAAUUCCUGAUUCCUUUCCUCAUUAGCCACACAUGUUCGUUAAUUCUGUGUCAAGAAUUAGUGAUGCUGUCAUUGCAAGAUCAGCAGCUUUCACUGGCAGUGCAAGAUCUUGGUUUCUAGAUAGCUGGUAGUCUCUUUUUAUCUGCUUGCUGAUCUCCAACACUCAAAUGUUCACUAUUAAAGGUCAUCUAGAGCUGAGUUACAAACAUCCAUCUUCUKCCUUCUUCCAUGUGCAUGUCACUGUGGCCUGGCUCAUGUACUGGGCUGCUGUGGAUGAGCAGUGAUGUUCAGGAUGGCAGGUUCUGCUCUGUUCAGCAGAGCCUUGAGUCCUCACCUCACGUGUCUUCAAGUCAUUCUUCUUURGAUCUGGCCUUGAAUGCAUAGAAUAAUUUAGCUGACUUAAGUGGUCUUUAUUCAUAUUGAAGACAGACAUUACUUUAGGUGGAAAAGCGGGAAAAAAUUAAUAUAUGUGCAUGUGGCUGAGCCAGGGCUGAACUGCAGUGGCAUAAAAUCAAUACAGAUAAUGACUGACCAACGAGUGCAUAGCAGUCUGUUGUCCAGUCAAUAAAAUAUUGAUCUUUUGCUCUGUGUGGUGUUAAUUUUUAGUUUUCAUUUUCUUCUUCCGUGGCAGCUUUUAUUGCAGUCUAGAGUUUGAUUAGUUUAUGUGUUUUCAUUUKAUCCCAGCUGCUUCCUUUUCUAUUUACACACCUCCCACAGCUGAUACAGGUUCUUAGUAAGGCUUAGAUUCCUAUAAAUAGAAAUAUGUUUCAUUGCCUUAUCUGUAUAAAUAUAU